AUGGCUGUGCAGCAGCCAUUUGGCUUUGUAGUAGUUGGCCAGCUCUUCUGUGUGAACGUGUUAUUAUUGUAUAAAGCAUGGGCUGGAAUUGAUCCAAACGAGGUCCAUCAGUCCUGGGACAGCUUCUUCCGAAAUGCCGAGCAAGGCUUGCAGCCGGGUGAAGCGUACCAGGCUCCUCCCUCACUGACAGCUUACCAAGCACCGGCAGUGGCUUAUGCUCCAGCAGCUGCAGCUCCCAGACCAGCUGCAGCAGCUGCUCCUGCCUCAGCACCAGCCCAGGCAGGAUACCCCAGCACGGAUCCAAGGACCAUAGCUGAUCAUUUGGCAGUGCAAGCCAUCAUCAGAGCUUACCAGAUUCGGGGUCAUAACGUAGCCGACCUUGACCCGCUGGGCAUCAACAAUGCUGACCUUCAGGAAGGUGUGCCUCGCGAGCUUCAGAUCAGCACACACAGCUUCGGGGAAGCCGAUCUGGACAAGGUGUUCCAGCUUCCUUCGUCCUGCUACAUCAGUGCGGACCAGCCCGCGCUGCCGCUCAGAGAAAUCAUCCAACGCCUCGAGAGUUACAUCAUGGGCAUGCCACACAGAGGGCGCUUGAACGUGUUGGCUAACGUUUCGCGGAAGCCUCUCGAGCACAUUUUCUCCCAGUUUGAAGCUAUUACUGGCAGAGAUGAUGGGUCGGGAGACGUGAAGUAUCAUCUUGGUUGCUCGACGGUGCGACGCAAUCACGCGACGAACAAGAACAUCCAUCUCGCAGUCGUUGCUAACCCCUCGCAUCUCGAAGCUGUGAACCCGGUGGUACAAGGGAAGACGUAUGCAGAACAGUUCUACCGAGGCGAUAAAGACGGAACGAAGGUAAUGAGUAUACUGCUGCACGGCGAUGCAGCAUUCUCCGGGCAGGGAAUCGUCUACGAGACCUUCCAUCUGUCAGACCUGCCAUCCUACACUACCAAGGGCACCGUCCACAUCGUCGUGAACAACCAGAUUGGUUUCACGACGGACCCGCGCUACUCUCGCUCCUCUCCGUACUGCACAGACGUCGCUCGCGUUGUCAACGCUCCCAUCUUCCACGUCAACGCAGACGACCCUGAGGCCGUGAUGCACGUGUGCAAGGUCGCCGCCGAGUGGCGUGCAAAGUUCCACAAGGACGUCGUCAUCGAUCUGGUGUGUUACAGGAAGCACGGCCACAACGAGGUGGACGAACCACGCUUCACUCAGCCUCUCAUGUACAAGAAGGUGGCCGAGGCGAAACACGUACUCACCAAGUACACGGAGAAGCUCAUAGCAGAGGGAACCGUCACAGAGGAGGAGGUCACUUCUGAGAAAGAUCGUUACGACAGCAUACUGAAGAAAGCGCACGAUGACGUGAAAUCUACAGUCGUUUACAACGCCAUAUGGCUCGAUUCACCCUGGACAGGUUUCUUCGCGGGCAAGGAUCCUCUGAAGAUGCCGAGGACGGGAGUGAGCGAGAGCAUACUCUGCGACAUAGGUCACAAGGUCAGCACUCCGCCCGAAAACUUCAACUGCCACAGAGCUUUGCUAAGGACGCUCAAGGACAGAGCGAAGAUGAUCAACAACAGAGUUGCUGACUGGGCCAUCGGCGAGUUCUUUGCCUUCGGCUCUCUGCUGCUGGAGGAUGUCCACGUGAGGCUGAGCGGACAGGAUGUAGAGAGAGGAACAUUCAGUCACCGCCACCACGUGCUGCACGAUCAGGAGGUCGAUGCUAAAGUUUACAUCCCGCUGAGAGAUCUCGCUCACAGCCAGGCCACCUACAGCAUCUGUAAUAGCUCAUUUGUCGAGUUCGGUGUGUUGCAGGAUUUGAGCUGGUUACUCACGCACUUUGGUGACGAUUGCCCGAACACGUGUCAGUGUAUCAUUGACCAGUUCAUCGCGAGCGGACAGGCGAAGUGGGCGAAGCAGAGCGGGAUCGUGAUGAUGCUGCCGCACGAUGACGAGGGCAUUGGGUGAGGCCCGGAACACUCGAGUGCCAGGCUAGAGCGAUUCCUUCAGCUGAGCAACGAUGAUCCGGAUUACUACCCGCCGACCGGACCACACUUUGCGAGUCAGCAGCUGAACGAGACUAACUGGAUCGUCGCUAACUGCACGACGCCCGCGAACCUGUUCCACGUGCUGCGGCGGCAGAUCCUGCUGCCGUUCCGCAAGCCCCUCAUCCUGAUGACGCCCAAGAGCCUGCUGCGUCACCCCGACGCACGGUCAAGCUUCGACGAGUUCACAGAAGACUCUCUCUUCCACCGGGUGUUGCUGGAGCAGGGAGCGGCGAGUGAGAACCCAGAAGCCGUGCGUAAGCUGCUCUUCUGCAGCGGUAAGGUCUACUACGACCUUGUGAAGGAACGCAAAGAUCGCGGCCUGGAGGAUGCCAUAGCCAUAGAUCGGGUAGAGCAGAUCUCACCCUUCCCGUUCGAUCGCAUUGAGUCGGAGGCUACCAAGUAUCCGAACGCUCAGAUUCAGUGGGUGCAGGAGGAACACAAGAACAUGGGCGGCUGGGCGUACACGGAGCCCCGCAUACUCACCGCGCUCAACCACAAGCGAGGAGUCAGCUACGUCGGUCGCUCGCCGGCCGCCGCCACGGCAACGGGAAACAAAUACCAGCACAAGACGGAACUGGAGCUGUUGCUAGGCGACGCGAUGAGCCUCGAGAACGCGACGGGUGGCGGCAGGCCCGUCUGACUAGCGGCGCCCCCUGCAGGAGCAGCGGCGGUGACAGGUGUUUCAAAGUCGUCGUCGUCAGUAGCUGUGAAAUAGGUGGUGAGACAUGCUUUGGCUGCUUAGGGAUGCUUUAUCUUUGUGUACCUACCUGAUAAACGAGCUAAGCCUGUAUCCCCCUCAUCCUCCUCCUAUUGCUGUAAUGUGGGCCAAAACACCUUUUGUUGGAACAUAUCCAGUACUCAGUGUUUUCGGCAGUAGUGUGACUCGAACAUCUCCGUUAAGUUACAGAUGCAAUUGAUUGAUAGAUCAUCAUGGCAUCAUCUUUUUUCUUGCACCUUCUGAUUGAGAGUCUGGCCGCCUGAACUUCAUUCUGGUCACACCUAGAUUCGUUUGAGACAGCCGCAAAAAAACAGUACCCUAGUAGUUUUAUCUGAUCCUGAUGGCAUACUCAUAGUAUGACAUAGUAUAGCAUAGCAUUGCAUAUAGUAUAGCAAUCAGAUUCUAUUGGAUGCAAUUAGAUUUUAUUCAUGAUGGCUUACAAUAAAGAAUACAGAUUUAUGGGAGGUCUGUGCUGUUGUUAGGGGGUUUGGCUUUGUUUGUUAAUAGCCAACUAGUCAACUACCAGGUGAAUUAGUGCAGAAAAUUUUAUAAAAUAUAAAAUCGUUUAGUUUUAUUUUAUUUUCUUGUAACCCAACUGGUCCUCGUGUAUGUGUGCGUGUGCAUUUUUACAUGUAUGCGCGCGCGUGUGCAUACGUGCGUGCGUGCGUGUGUGUGCUUGCGUAGGUGCUUGCGCUUGUGUGUAUGUGUGUAUGUGUGUGUACGCCGUGCGUUCUCCCUUUACCCGUGCAAUCGUACGUUGCUGAAUGUAGACUUACUAAUGCUCGGGAUGUGUGCACUCUAAUUUUUAACUCUUGUCAACUCCGAGAAACGAGAAUUGAAUCGAUUGAUUAACGUGAUGUUGGUUGCUGUUGUACACUACUCGAACGCAGUAGCGAUGCAUUUUACAUGCUAGACGGACGGUGGAACAGUUUAAUCAUUGUCUGCGUUUUAUGUUAUGAAGACCAUGCAAAAUGGCAGCUAACUGCAAUGUGUUUGCGCGUGAUUGCGUGUGUGCAUGCUUGCUCCAUGCUAGGUAGGUUUGUAAGAAAAUAACCCGGCGGCGGUAGAAUAAAAUUUCUAUGCGAAGAAAGGGGACAUCCGAGCCGGGCUUGUAUUUUUAUCGUUGUUGGUUUUUCUAAGCAGACAGAGUUUAUAAAUGUGAGUGCUUUCCAUGGGUUUUAUAAGAAAUUAUUUUUACAGCAUCUUGUUACUGCAAUAGGAGAGCUGUUCCGAUUUCGUAAAUAAUUGUAACGUUAGAUGGCACCACGCGUUAGGCAUUUUACCGAAUAGAUCAAACUCUAGAUCAAACUUGGAGAAGUGUUAGUUGAUAGAUUUCUUAUGUGCAGAAAAUAAAACCGCAACAUAAUAAUACUACCAGCAUGUUUUUACAAUAGCGGUUUGUCAGCAAAUAGAAUAAUGUUUACAUCUCUAGCCCUAGUUGAAACUGUGCGAUAGGGUAUCACUUGAUAACUAGUUAAACUAAUUGAGAAAAAGAUCACAUAUGAACCCGUUUUAUCUUGGCGCGUGAGAAUGAAUUAAUUAAGACUAGUUAAUGCUGUUUCGUAUUGCGACUUGACUAACAGAAAAUUUCGCGAACAAAGUUGGUAUUGACUUAGAAUACUUGGCUAGCCGGAUGUAGUUACCCGAGUAUGUUUUCCUAUGAUCGAUCUCAUAAAUACUUUAAAUCGGCAAUUGGUUUUGCGUAACGCGUGAGAAAAGUUGGCCGAUUAUAAUAAAUAUAUAAUUCUAUGUCUUAUAAGCCGUAAGUUCGCCGUAAUCAUUUUUAUUAUCCUGUGACAAUCCUCUUUCCGAGACAAAAUGUUUAUCACGCUCGACACGGUUUUUCGCUAAUAAUAAUAAUAUGACGGAAUGUGUGUUCUGACGGAAUGAAUGUUAGUCGUUGUCGCACAUAUAUGUAGGUUGCCUGUCAACUCAGAGCCGGUGGUCUAUGAAGUAGUGAUCGUAUCGUAUUGUUUGUACAGACCUAUAUCUAUUUAUACUUGUAAGUGUGUUUGGGAGAGAAAUACAACAUCGUUAUAGUCUGUUCAGUUUUAAUGCAA